AUGACUUCGCGCGCCGAAUUCGACAUCAAGACCUCGGGUCUCCUCGUCGCCUCCACCUACGCCGAUAGAAUCAAGGGCAAAACCAUCCUCAUCACCGGCGUCAGCCCCAACGGCAUCGGCUCCGCCACCGCCGCCGCCUUCGCCUCCCAGGCCCCGGCCCUCCUCCUCCUAGCCUCCCGCACCCCCGCCAACCUCUCCGCCGUCGUGGCCGACCUGCAAGCCGCCCACCCCAACCUCGACGUCCGGCCCGUAACCCUCGACCUCUCCUCCCAGGCCUCGGUGCGCGCCGCCGCCGCCGAGGUCGCCCGCCUCACCCCCAAGCUCGAUCUGCUCGUCAACAACGCCGGCCUCUCAGCCGCCGCCCGCCAGGACGGGACCCGCCCCGGCGAGACGCGGGUCGUCAACCUUGCCAGCGGCGCCCACGCCAUCAGCCCCAUCCGCUUCAGCGACUACAACAUCGAAAAGGGCGCCGACCCCGACGAGGGUUACCUGGGCAUCGUCGCCUACGGCCAGAGCAAGACUGCCAACAUCCUCUUUACCGUUUCCUUGCAAAAGGAGCUGCCUAAGAAGGGCAUUUCUGCUUACUGCCUUCACCCCGGUGGUGUGAGGACCCAGCUCGGCAGACAGCAGGACGACGACAUGAACGCCGCCAUCGAAAAGACGGCCAGCUACUGGAAGGAUAUCGACCAGGGAUGCUCCACCACCAUGGUCGCUGCUCUGGACCCCGGUCUUGAUGAACAAUCCGGCCUGUACCUCGACAACUGCCAGUUCACCACGCCCAUUCCUCACGCCACUAACCCUGCCAGCGCCGACCGCCUGUGGUCUCUCAGCGAGGAGCUCGUCGGCGAAAAGUUCUCCUUGUAA